CGCCUUAACGGCGCUGCGGUAGCCGGGGCUCACCCUUCCGAUGUUGUGGGGAUCUGCAGGAUCCGCAACAGGGACGUUCUUGCAGAGUGGGCCGUUGCAUUCUGCGAGUGGGUGCAAGCACCAUUGUGGACGUGGGAGGGGGAGCAUGAUGACGAGACGCUGGACAGGUCCGAUGAGUUGUUGCCUGUGUUUGAGGAGAAGUGCCAUGCGCUGGCGCCCUUACAAAAGUCCCAUUGGUGCUUCCGGAAGAUGCACGAGACGUCCAAAUUCACGGAUUUCAUCCGACGGUUCGGGUCGCCCCGGUGGUUCUGA